CCCAAGUCCCUCGUCCCUGGUCCUCCCGCCCCGCCGCUGCGCAUCGCAUCUUCUUAUCUCUACCUACUUCUUCCCCUUCUUCUUCGCCAUCGUCGUCAACUCUUCCACUAUGCCCUUGGCCAGAUGGGGUUCCUCAAUAAGAAGCAAAGGUUGUCCUUAGCCUCCUUCUCCCUCCUUUAUCUCCUCCUCCUUAUCCUCUGCCGCUUUAACUCCGCUCGAGACCCCGGCUCGGCUUUCUUCCAACCCAAGGUGGGCUAUCGCCCUCAGUACAGCCUGCAGCGUAUCGAGGACUCGCUCCGCUUUCUGUCCACGUUAAACCAGUCGGCCGAACUGUCAGCGCUGCCCGCCAGAAAUCGAAGCGCCCCCAUUCGCAAUGUCGACGUCUGUGUCGGCAUCGUGACGGUGAAGCGGCCCCUGCAGCAGAACCUCGACACCACGAUCGGCUCGAUCCUUGACCACCUGACGCCGGAUCAGCGCUCUACACUUGCCGUCCAGGUUUUAUUCGCGCUCACCAACACGACCGACCACCCCGAUUAUCAACAGCCUUGGGUUCCCAAUGCCGUCGACCGCAUUCUCACGUACGAGGAUUUCGGCAAGCAACAAAAGACACUGCGGCGUCUGGAAAAGACCGGGAACAUCAAGAAAAAGUCUCUCAUCGAUUAUCGGCUGUCGCUCCAGUCGUGCUACGAAGACACAGAUGCUAAAUGGCUUAUGAUGCUAGAAGAUGACGUGCUGGCCCACCAAUCAUGGUACAGCCAGACAAUGGAGAGUAUUCGGAGAAUCGACGAGUGGAAGCGGGCCGGUCUGCUCAACGACUGGCUGUACCUGCGACUUUUCUACACGGAAAAAUUCCUCGGGUGGAACUCUGAACACUGGCUCAGUUAUCUAGGUUGGAGCGUGGCCGUCGUUUCUCUCGUCGCCUCCAUGGGCCUAUAUGUGAGAAGAAAGACUCGAGCGUCGCAGCAUCUCCUAUCGAACCAGUUCCUGGCCGUCAUUUGCUUUGUCUGCGUGCCACUCAUGAUCGGCCUGUACUUCAUGUCGGGCCGAGUGACCAUGCGCCCCAUGAAACCCGGCAUCCAUUUGAUGAACCGCAACGGCUGCUGCUCGCAGGCGCUCGUCUUCCCCCGAGCUCCGAUUCCGGACCUCAUAGACCGGCUAGAGGAAAUGGAGGACGCGCGACAACCCAAAGCGGUGGAUACCGUGAUUGAAAGACUGGGGAACGAGCAAUUCUACGAUCGCCUGGCCAUCUCUCCCCCUCUGAUGCAACAUGUCGGUGCCGCCUCCUAUAAGGAAGACAAAAAGAAAUGGAAAGGCGAAUACGCGGUGCGCGGCGCACAUGGCGUAUGGAGUAUGGAGUUUGAAAGAGCGUACAGCCAAGGGUUGCCCCUCGAUGGUGUGACGGAGGCUUUCUGGUUUCAAUAAAUACCGCCGAUAUCCAGGCCCCGGCGUGACUAAUUUGCGAUGACUUUACGAAGGAACAACAAGGAUGGUUGAAUGAAGGCUCAGCAACUUUCGUAGAAUUGCUGCGGCACGUGUGACAUGAAUGCUAUUGUUAUAUU